GUGGUGGGGAAAGUCAACGUUCAACGGCUUGGAAAUGGGUGCGUAUCUGGCAGUUACCGUGCCGCGGCCUCCGAAUUCGCCAAGUCCUUCACUCGAGCUGCUGAGAAAGGAAAGCAGGAUUGGGCUUGCCGGGCGUUUUUGACACCACACCGAUCUUAUGGCUCCCAAACGGAACCGUGUCUGGUGGAUCGGCCAACCGCCUCGUCGGUGCCAAUAUUGGAAUGUAGAUGUUUGAGAAUUCGGGGUAUGCACAAGAGCCGAAGUAGAUCCGUCUUGCGGCCGGCGCAAGAUGAGGCGACAAGGGCCGAAAAAAAAAACGAAGUGUGGAAAAUUUUUGAAGACGGCGGGACACCCUACCCAAGACCAAAUUUGACAAUAUUAUGGUCUUUUAUAGAAUUCCUUCGUGUCGAGCUGACCCUGGAACCCGUAUGCAAACCUGAAGUGGCGAUCGCCACUGUGGCUCAAAGGGCCAUCUGUCGUAUUCGUCACCCAAGGCAAGGGUUUCUCCAGUCGAAUCUUGGUACACCAUACGCCAAAGACGGGAGAAUGAAUGGAGCCGAUAAAGAAUGGUCCACUUCACGUGUCUUCCAGGGGGUGCUGAAGGAAUGUGUUGUUGCCGGUUGGAAGGGAGCCCUUCCAAAUUCUACUGUGGUCGAUGACCCGGAUUUCUCCCUUCUCUCUCGCAUAUAUGGAACUUACCGAUAUCAGAUGUACUGCACCUGUAUUCGAUGAGAAAUCAGUUAUUCCCUCAAAUGGGCUUUAGUGGACUUGGGAAUUUUGGGGGGUUACUCAGUAGAGACCAUACUAGGUGGUUGGCGGAGACCGUUAGCGUCGUUAAACGCGCUCCCAAUCGGUCGGCCUGCAGGAAACCCAAGUCUUAGUAGUCCAAGGACAAAAGCAGGCCAGAAGUGAAAUUUAUCGGGUUUAGCCGUUUUUGACGAAACCCCAGCUGUCAACUUCCUGGUUUGGGAUAAGUCGUCGGAGAGUUUACCGGGAUGGAUC